UUUUUAAUUAUUUCAGAAAUAUCAAACAAAAACAAUGCCUCCAUGCAUGGGAAGUGAAGAAAUAAAGAUGGCUGGGACAGGGAAAACUAUUCUAGUGACUGGAGGAGCAGGAUAUGUUGGAUCACAUACAGUAAUAGAACUGUUAAAGGAGGAGUACAAUGUUAUUGUUGUUGACAACUUUGUAAACAGUAUAAAAGUGCAAUCUGGAAAGGGAAACAUAUACCCAGAGUCUCUCAGUAGAGUUCAACAAUUAACUGGGAAAAAAGUCGUCUUUCAUGAAGUAGAUAUCUGCAAUAAGCAUGCUCUAAGAACGGUGUUCUCUUUUUACCACUCUGGAGAGCAGAAAAUAGAUUGUGUUAUUCAUUUUGCGGCCCUCAAGGCUGUUGGAGAAUCUUGUGCCCUUCCCCUUAAAUAUUAUGGGAAUAAUGUUACUGGAAGCGCAAACUUGAUGGAGGUAAUGAUGGAGUUUGGUGUGAAAAGGUUGGUGUUUAGUUCUAGCGCUACAGUUUACGGUCAACCCCAAUACCUACCAGUAGAUGAAAACCACCCUACAGGGAACUGUACUAACCCCUACGGGAAAACCAAGUUCUUUAUGGAAGAGAUUAUGAAGGAUGUAGUGGCUGCUAACCCAGACUGGGGCUGCCAACUUCUAAGGUACUUUAACCCUGUGGGUGCCCACCCAUCUGGAUGUAUAGGGGAAGAUCCCCAGGGUAUUCCAAACAAUCUUAUGCCUUAUAUUGCACAGGUUGCUGUCGGUAGGAGAGAAAAACUGAUGGUUUAUGGAAGUGAUUAUGAUACCGAGGAUGGAACAGGAUGCCGCGACUAUAUACACGUGAUGGACCUGGCUAUGGGCCACGUGGCGGCCAUCCGGCAGAUACUGGAUCCAACCUACUCCGGGCUCAAGAUAUACAACCUAGGCACAGGUCGAGGGCAGACAGUUCUCCAGAUGGUAAAAGCCUUCUCUGAGGUGAGUGGUCGAGAGAUCCCGUACGAGCUAGUUGACCGGCGCCCUGGUGACGUAGCGAGCUGCUACGCCAGUUGUGAGUUGGCUGCAAAGGAGCUCGGUUGGAGAUCAAAACUCUCCCUGGAGGAUAUGUGUCGAGAUAUGUGGACAUGGCAAUCUAAGAAUCCACAAGGGUUUGCAAAAAAUUGAUCUACUAUCGGUCAAAUAGGUUUGCAAACUUGUGGACUUAUCAGAACUAUGAUUGAAGAGCGCGCAGAAACGUAGCUAAAAAGCGUCAUUUUAGUUUCCACUUGGAUUUAUAAAUUAGUAUAAAUUUUUUUUAAUUUACCCAUUUUUGUUUCCUCUCUUUGUUAGCAAAAUAAGUCAAUAUAUAUGAAAUAUAUAUGAAAGCAAAAAAUAUUAUUGUAAAUGAAUUCGCUCAAUGUGUAAUGAAUAAUAGCUUUUUUUUGCAAUAUUAAAAAACUAAUGGAUUCAGUACAAAAAAAAAACACACUUUUUCUAAAUUAAAAAGUUGCAUUUAGUAAUUCAAACAUUUAAUUAAGUGCCUUAAACAUUCCUGUGAAAUUAGUUAAUGUUGACACAUGAAUACUGCGGGAUGGAACUUCAGAAAAAUUAAAUAUCAGAAAAAAUCAGUUUUUCAUUUAUAAGGAUCUAGCUGAGCUGGGAACUUUUGAAUGGACAGAUUAAGUUUAACUCAUUCUGUCUAUUCAAAAUGAUCCAGUUGUUUGUUUUCUUUAUCUAUCAAAAGUUUGUACAAAAUGUUUUAUUUUCCUAUAUUUGGUUGUGGACACUGUAAAUAACAUGAUUUAAAAAUGUUUUGUCUAUGAAAAUUCUGUUUUUUCAUUUACUAUGUAUAACUUCACAUUUAUAAUCUAACCAAAGAGUGUCUAGGUAUCAAGAUAUCUAUAUAAUUUGACAAUUUAUUAUUUGUUGUAAAUCAAAUUUUAUAAAAAGUUUAAAAAUAAAUUUUUAGUUUUGUUAAA